AUUGAGCAGCCUGGCCCGGGCCAACGCGAAGCAAACCAAGAACGGGGGAUUCGGUCAGCCUUCCUACCCUGUCAGACACAUUGAAAACGUUCGUCGCCGUUUUCCGGAGCUCUCGGUCAGCAUUAAGGGUCCGUUAAAUGUAGCUGUCUCGCCUAGCUGCGGCCAUUGACUGGAUGUCAGGUCUGAGGUCCGACAGACAAACGGGCGCCGGGCUGGUCGUGAAGUGAGGAGCACUGCAGCCUUGCGUCAAAGCCAGCUAAAGCUAAACCGUGGUAGGACAAGUCAGCAUUAUAGACCGGUACCAGCCACGUUACCUCAGUAGCUAGCCAGCCAGCCGGCAGACAGGUUAUUUUUGGCACGGUUGCUGGCCCACACAUGCUCCGCUUUAGCUAACGUCAGUCGCGUGAGCUAGCCCAACAUCUGUGGAGAAGCUGUCAGUGUCGGCAGAUACAAAAGAAAUAACGUCGCCGCUAAUCCGGACUCGCUGCCACUCAGCCGCCAUCAGAAACCACUUUAACCACACAUUUUCAAGCUCUGCUGCGAAAUAGGAGAUUUCGGUUAAUUGCGUAACGUCUUGAAUUGAAGAAGGGCCUCAUAGCUAACAUAUGAGGCCCAGUUGAAAAGAUGGACCUGAAUUUUUAUUCGGAUUUAACGGACGGCACCGGGCAGCACGACGGUGAUCCAGAGUUCUUGGAUCCGCAGUCUUUCAAUGGAUUUGACUCUGACAACAAGUUCCCUGGAGGCAGUGACAACUACUUGACAAUAUCUGGGUCCGGCCAUCCCUUCCUGUCCUCCUCAGAGUGUGCCACUAAACCCAUUGACCUCUUCAACCUCGCUGGAUCUGCUGGUGGAACGUUCCACACCCCCAGCCUCGGCGAUGAGGAGUUCGAGAUCCCUCCCAUCUCUUUGGAUCCGGACUCGGCCCUCACCGUGUCCGAUGUGGUGUCCCAUUUCGGGGAGCUGUCGGACACCGGCCCCUCCGACAGCGUGGUGGUACCCGGCAACGCUGUGGUCGAAGGGGACGACCCCUCGUUCGCCUCCACUUUCGUCAACGCCCCCUCACAGGGGCUGGAGCACCUGAGUCUGGGGGUCAUCAACCAGUCAGGAGGAAGUGCUCUGUUGGGGUCGUCGCUGGGAAUGGAUCUCGGCCAUCCCAUCGGCUCUCAGUUCAGCAGCUCGUCCCCGGUCACCAUCGACGUCCCGCUGGGUGACAUGAGCCAGGGCCUGCUGGGGUCCAACCAGCUGACCACUAUCGACCAGUCGGAGCUCAGCGCACAACUGGGGCUCGGCUUGGGAGGCGGGAACAUAUUGCAACGCCCCCAGUCGCCCGAACACCCUCUGUCGGCCACGGCGUCGCCCACCAGCUCGCUCCAGGAUGACGACAUGGACGACUUUAGACGGAGCGUCCUGGUGGAAUCUCCGGUCUCCCUGGCGGUCUCUCCCGGCGUCAUCUCCCUGGAUCCCUCCCUGUCCGAGUCCCCGCUCUCGGCCCCCGCCUCCAGCGUCUCGCCGGCUGUUGGACGGAAAGGAGGAGCUGGAGGUGGGAAGAAGGGGAAGAAGAAGAAAGACCCCAACGAGCCCCAGAAACCCGUCUCGGCCUACGCUUUGUUCUUCAGGGACACGCAGGCAGCUAUUAAGGGACAAAAUCCCAACGCUACAUUCGGAGAGGUUUCGAAGAUAGUGGCCUCCAUGUGGGACAGCCUGGGGGAGGAGCAGAAACAGGUUUACAAGAGGAAAAACGAAGCUGCAAAGAAGGAUUAUUUGAAGGCGCUGGCAGAGUACAGAGCCGGACAGAUUUCUCAGGCCCCUAUUGAAGUCAUGGACACCGCCCCAUCACCCCCACCUCCAGCCCCAGCUGCCGCUGUCACAGCCACACCCAUGACCGCCGUAGCCGCUCGCUCCACCAGGUCACAGCAUUACAACCCCGAGGAGAACACCAUCACCAACAUCUGUACCUCCAACAUCAUCCUGGACCUGCCUCAGGUCACCACACGCUCCCGCACCGGCGCCAUCAAGCCCCAACCCCCGCCCGCUACCACCCCCCCGAACCCCCCCACCGUCACCAAGAUCAUCAUCAAGCAGACGCCGCUGCCUUCUGGCGGCGUAUCCGUCACGGCGACGGCCGCCUCCUCGCCGCGCCAGCCGCCGCCGCUGCAGCAGAUGCAGAGCACCCCCCCUCCGCCUCGGCUGCAGCAGAUGGUGCACGCCCAGGCUCCUCCACCUCUGCAGGCCAAACCACGAGGCGCUGCCACCGCCCCACCUCCGCUACAGAUCAAGGUCGUCCCGUCGUCACGGCAGUCGGAUUCAAGCGCGCCGAUCAUCGUGACGUCGAGCGGCGAGACGCCCACGUCGGUGUCCUCCUCCUCCGGCCUGACGGUGCAGGUGGGACGGUCGUCUGAAGUGGCGGCGGGAGGAGAGGAAGUGGCGGAGGCAGAGGAAGGGAUGGAGGUUGAGGUGAACGUCGCCCCUGUCCCGAGUGUGACCCCCGCCGCCAGCCGCAACAUGUGCGUACGCGCCGGCUGCACCAACCCGGCCGUGGAGAGCAAAGACUGGGACAAGGAGUACUGUAGUAAUGAGUGUGUCGCCACACACUGCAGAGACGUGUUCAUGGCCUGGUGCGCCAUCCGAGGGCAGAACUCCACCACGGUCACAUAGGGAAAGGACACGUCUGACGGAGGAGUUUGCUCCACGGAGAGAGAAGGACAAAGGACAACACAUGAAAUGCAAGCGAACAGAGGAAAGAAUGACUGAAUGCUAGGCUCAGGUAUCGGCACAUCACAGUUUGUUUCAUCACGUCAUCUUGACGGCAAGAACAAAGACGAGACAACUGCAGGAAAAUGCCUGAAAGUCAGUUCAAUUUGUUUUUCUGUGAUCGACAUCAUGGCUCCCAGCAGAAUAAAACUGAAAUACUGCAGCAGGAGUGACGGCUAAUAGUAAGGACUGCUGGAUAAUACUGGAAAAAACACAGAAGAAGAAACGACUCCUGCCUCUGCUCUCGAUCAUCUAUUGUGAAUCUGAAAUAUGGACUUGAUAAAAAGAGAACAUUUUCUAUGGACUUAGUGUUUUUAAUUGUUUUGAAAAGGAAAAAAAAAGUGCAGAAAGGAAAUCAUGAUCUCGCAGAUGAAUUCAGUUAAUUUCAAAAAUUCCACCUUAAAUGUGUAUGCUCUUCCCUUUAUUGUUCCACUGAGGACAGAUUGAUGCGGAUGAAGUCUGAGGAGUUAAUUUUAUUUCAUUGUUUGUCAGAAACGUGCAGGUGCUUUGGCUUUGAGGGGCCUGCGGCUACUUCCGAGAUUUGAUGUGCAAAUGAGCAACAACUGGGCAAAGCACAAAGAGUCUUAAAGGUAGCCUGGAGUUGUGCAAGAGGUUAAAAUGUUUGUGAGAAGCCAUUUUGGGACAAGGUGGCAAUGAAUCUGCCACCAGCCAAAUGCCGUUUGUCAAGGGGGUAAAAAAAAAACUACCAUCAUGCAAAGGAUUUUACUUCAGACAUUUUACAACAGGUGCUACAAUUCAGGAAAAGAAAUAGCUCGAGUGUUCUGUUCUCCUCUCCUGCUGAAAUCCCGCGCAACGUAAGAGCUUUUUAAAUACAUGGUACCUUUUUUUUUAUGAGGAACAUUUGUAGUGAAAUUUGGUGUUAGAGGGAAAAAAAUGUAUUGGAAUGAAAUAAACACACCAGCUCUGACAACACUACUGUAAGGGGAAAGGGAAUACAGUGUAAAAGCUUUACUUUUUAACAUUAUUGGUGUUUAAUUUAACAAAUUGCUUUCAGGUCUGUUGAAAAAUCAAAGGCGACUUCCAAAAAAAAAAAAAAGAAAAACUAUUCCCAGUCAGAUGAAAUGAUGCAGUGGCCGAUCUGGUUUAUUGUAGAUAUCCUGGAAAUGUUUUUAAUGGUGAAAUAAAAUAUUUUAUGUUUUAUUAUA